AUACUUUUCAACAAUCCUCCCAAGUCCAAGUGACCACCAUCAAUCAGCCUCCGGUUGAAGAAUCUGAUCUGCGUUGUCUUUGUUCCCAUCGCGUUUCUUACUCGACGUUCUGCGGCCCCUUUUCACCCUCUGUAGAGCCCUUUCUUUUUGUUGCACAAUGACGCUCGAGUGUUGACCGCACCUCGAGAUAUCUGUCACUAACCAUCAAGCUCUAUCGUCCAUCGUACGAAUGAAUCUCGUCAUACAAGACGAUGUCAGACUAUCCAUCAACGCCGUCAUACGGCGCAAGCUAUGGAGCUCGAGAUCAGACGAACCCAUCCUACCUUCCCCCAACAUACCCAAAUCAAUAUAUCCAAGGAGACGAUGGCCGCACAGGGCACAUGGCUGCGAAUUAUGACGCGUCGAUGGCAGCCUAUUCAUACAAUAGGGCUGUACCUACCUUCAGCGCUGCAGCUGUUGCCUCGGGAGUUCCUCCUCUGCCAAUAUACCAAGGUUGGAACCAGGACUCUGUCCCACUGCCUUCGUAUACGGCGCCACACAAUCCCCCACAAUAUGCCAGCUAUGGUAAUGCCUCCCAAGCCAACCCGCAAAACUACCAACACCAAGCCAUGAACCAGCAGAGCUACCACCAGAACACCGGGGUAGCCAAGCCCUUUGAGCAAGCAGACCUCAGCGAGGGAGAGUUCGAAGAUGUUGGGGCUUCAACCAAUACUCCCCCAAUUGGUUAUGGCUCAAAUCAUUACUGCGGAAAUGAUGGGACUGGCUACAUGGAUACCGCACAACGUGCUGUGUAUUCCCGAGCUCAGGACUACAGUCCACAGUCGGGUUACCAAGCAAACUACAACUAUCCCAGUCACAAUACCUCUCAGAUGGGACGUCAACAAUCAGACUCUUACUCACCGUACGUUUCACCUGGCGGAGCUGACCAUGACGAGCAACCAGGAGGAGUUCAGGCACGCAAUGCAUAUGCACCCAGCCACAAUCAAGAUCCUAUCAAUGGGACACCACAGAGUCAGUAUGGAUGGGCACAGGAUGGGACAGCCAAUCAGCCACAACAUAAUUCCUAUGCAAACGGAUAUCACACAUCGCCGAAGGCGGAUAGUGGCAUUCAAGCUCCGGCUCCCAGUCAGCCAGCCCUCGGGCAGCUUGCUAGUGCAGCAAAUGGCAAAUCAGUCGCGGAGUAUCGUAAGAAGGCUCAAGGAGCAAUACUCAAUCUCUUGCCUUACGAUGUCCGAUAUCAAACAUACAUCGAUGAAGGGUUCAAGGAGGAUAUUGUGGACGCACUUUUUGAUGAUCUCAAGAUGCCUCGGACAUCAUCCAAAGCUCCGAAUGGAAUCUACCUCGCCUCUGGCCCCCAAACUUCCAACGAACAACGCAAUGGCACCGGAACACGUAGCCUGGCAGCUGGUUUGAACGAUGCUCAACAUGGUCCCUCGUCAUUAUCGCUGGGCACAAAUUUGCAGCAGCCGAAAGGCACAAGCAUGCCGCAAGCAUCGCUAUCUCCUUCAACCAAUACAGUACUAGCGUCUGCUCCAGUAAAGUCAACGAUGAUGACGGAAAAAGAACGGACUUUACAAACUAAAAUGGACGCUCUUCGGAAGUCACGGGAAGAGCGCGCUCAGAAAGCGGCAGCCAAGAUGAACCCGUUGGUAGCACUAGUCCCAGCUCCCCAGCUAGAGGCAACCAAGGUUACAGAGUCUAUAUCUGAAAAGCCGAAUUCACCUCCACAAUCUCCAACUAUCGCGAAAGCUCAACCGCAAACCUCUUUUGCACAACCGAUUCCUUCAGAACAACUACCCGUAGCACCGCAGCAGCCAAACCCGCAGCCCAAGACGCAACAACAGCCUCUGAUGAUCCCGGGUCUGUUCCUAGCAUCAGCUGCUGCAAGCCCUGGCCAACAACCAACUCUGCAAGUCGCUCUUCCUACUCCCCUUCCAAGCAGUCAACGCAAGCGUCCGGUCGCUGCCGAUUUCGACGAUCCUCUCCCCGCAAUGAGCACGUUCAAGCGGCCAUUCGGAUACAGCCCGCACAACGAUGGACGACCCUCUUUGGUAAUCGAUCUCAGUGAUGACGAAGAUGAGGAUGUUGCGAUGGAUCUCGAUUCUCAAGCAGACCAGGAUUCACCAGCGCACUCCGUCCGAAAGAUGUCCGAUCCCCGAUCUACCAAUGCUCAGAAUAUGCCGCCAACGAACCCUCCAACCCGUAAACCUUUCACACCCCCAAAUACUUCCGCAACCAACACUCCCUCGAUGUCUUCGAAAGCUUCCCUCGGUAGACCUGACGUUCUGAUACGAAAAGAGAGCGAGAUAGAGGAGUUGAAAAAGAAGAUUGCCGAAGCGGAAGCACGAAAGAGGGCUCGAAAGACUCCGAGUGGGACUCUCACCCCUCGAGCCUCUGAGUCAAAUGGCUCGGAGGCGAAAGACGCCAAUGUUUCAGAAGAGCCCAAUUUGGGAAGCAAAGUUGCAGCUUCGAUCAAAAUGCAAAGUUUAAUCGUCAUUGCAGAUAACAAAGCCACUCUGGAGCAGCAAAAGCUUGCGGAUGCUCAAACUGCCGAGAUCGAAAAGGCUGCUGAGCUGAAGCGCAACGAGGCCGAGCAAAAGCGUCUACGUCGUGAAAAGAUAGCAUCCGACUUGCCCUUGGUCGAAGCUGAGGUUCUUCAGAACCAAACGAGGUUGGAACAGUUGAGAGCUGAAAUGGCAAAGAUUGAAGCUGCUGUUCAGAAGAGCUUGGAGGACAAACAAAGACUUGCCGAGGAGAUGGAACGACUCGGACAAGAGGCAGAGGACCAGCUUCAAGAGCAGAAGGACAAACUGAAUACUCUAACCCAGCAAGAAUCUCGGAGCAGCAAUGAUCCCUCUGUUCCACCAUCUUCGCCCCCGAUCGCGCAAAUGAGACUUCCGUCACGAUCCAAGACCCCCGCCAGCCUACCUAACGAAGCCACGACACAAGCAACAGCCCUCAAUGGUGACUCGAAUCCUACGACAAAUACAGAUGACAAUCAAGAUCGUGCUGAGAACGCUUUACUAGAACCAAUGGAGACAAAUGAGGCUUCUGUCGAGAGCGAGCCAACUGAUCAAGCACUCGAGGCGGCGUUGCAGGAGGCAGUACGGGCGGAAGCAGACUCCCAUUCUCGUGACGGCCAUGUGAUGGACAUGGAGGUUUCGUACGCCCCCGACCCAGCUCAAUUAGCACCGGAAGUGCCUGCGGAACCCAUCGAGGAGGACAACCGAAGCCCGGAAUACUUGCCCGAGCUCAACCGUACCGCUCCAGAAGUUACUGACCGCGAGUCCGACGGUUACGAGCCGCCAGAUGCGACAGCCCCAACUGAAGCUCCCGAGUCACCACCAUUCAGCCCUGCCCCACCCGAAUCUAUCCACGAAGUCGCAGAUGAAUCUAUACCGGAAAUUAACUCGACGCAGGCAAUUAGUGAGGAUGGGGAAAUCACAACUGACUAUAUCCAGCCAUUGGCCGAUGGCACUGCUCAAGCGCUUCUUGAAGAUGUCUCCAAGGAGGAUUCAAACAAGAUUCAAUUAUUCACUCCUUACGAAAGCCCCUUAAAGCAAUUUCGAGCGUACAGAUUCCAUCCCGAGUUCAAAGAGGACAUUGCUGGAGGUUUGAGAUCCAUGACAUACAGUCACAAGAUCGAUCCUAACGCAGAAUUCUGCCGCUAUGAAUUAGCAGGGGGUAUUUGCAACGAUACCACGUGCGACUUUCAACAUUUCAGAGACACCAAGCUCCCCGAUGACGCAGUUCUAACUGCCCUUGGAUCCCCCGACGAAUUCACAGGAGAGCAGCGAGAGAAAUUCUGCGAGGGAUUAAGACAAGUUCUCAUGGACCUGCGAGUGCGGAAGAUUAGAGAUUUUGACAUUAUCGCGUCUGAGAUUGUUGCCCACCGCUCCAAAUUCCUUGGCGAUAAGUCAAAGGUCCUGGCGUUAGAGGGCACAACCAUCUGA